AUUAUUAUUAUGCUUUACAGAUAAGAUUUCAAUUUUAAACACCAAAAACAUUCAAUGGGUUCCCUUUUGAAUUUUUUUAUUCGUAAUCACGAUGAUGAUUACUAAUAAUAAUAUACUUAUGUCGGAUGUACAUGAAUUUCCAACUUAAUAAUCAGUUCCUUCAAAAAGAAUUAUUGCUUCAAACUAUUAUAGCUUCAUGGUAACGUGAAAAAAAGAAACGCUCUCGAGAUAUGGUGACGGCGACGCUAGGGUUUUAACCCAACAAUGCGAUUGAUUCUUCCGGUGAUACUGUUUAAAGGGGUUGUUAUGGUGGUUGGUGUUUCUCUCCGGUGGAUUAGUAGCAGGGAUGUGGCUUCCCUUCGUGGGUGGUUUGAUUCUCAGGGCUUCCCACGGGUCAGAUCUGAAGUGCCUUCGGUUCCAUCGGAUACUGCGGUGGUUGUGAUUUUUAUAUGGCGGUAUUGUGUGGUUUAUUUGGCUUCUCUCCAGUGGUGGGCUAUGAAUCGGUGCGUAUUGAGGUGGAAAGAACGGCGGCAAUGGCUUCAGGAUUCCAUCGGGUAUGAGAUGUUUGAUCAUCUGGUUUUGUUUAUUGGUCUCUUUCAGAGAUCUUCGGUGAGUUACAUGUUUAUUUUCUUUCACAAUCUCUGGGAUCUGGUAAAGAAUUUUCCGGUGAAUAUCUCUUAUCAAAACGGGAAUUGGUUACGGUUUGGGGAAUUUAAUUCGGUUGGAAAUCGGUCUGAUGUUUCUCGGUUAGUCGUUGAGGGCAGUCCAAUUGAGACACAAAGAGGAGUGGCAGACUACAAGCUGGUUGCCUAUAAAAUAGAAUCACGGUUUAAUGUUUUUACUUAUCUCAUCAAACCUUCAGAAUUUCAAAGCAUUGAGAGCCCAUUUUUAGGCUUGAGUCUCAGGUUUCGGCUGGUUCUUCUGAGAGUGUUUAUAUCUUGGGCUUGUUAUAUUCUGGUUUUUAUUGAAUUGGGGAGAGUGAUGUCUCAAAGCGGUUUGGUUAUAAAGGGCUCACAUGGUAAUAACAUAAAUAAGACUCUGAAGCUUAAGAUUAAAGUCCCAUGUUUUGAUAACUCAGCUUUGAUCGAGGGGUAUUCAAAGAGUCUGAUUGGGAGAUACAUGAACCCUGUAAUGCAGGACAUGACAUCUUUGUUACACUCGGUUAUGUCGAGAGCUUGUUGUAAGGUUAUUUUCUUAGUCAAUUUUGCUGGUCUCAAACCUCAGAUAUUAUUUGCAUACUAUUUCGUCUGCCCUUUUGAAAUAACAAUGAUAAAAGGAAUGAGUUAUCCUAUGUUUUGUUUGUUUGAUAUCUCGGUGACGGAGAUUACGGCAAAGUAUUAUCGAUUGUAUUUUUUAUCGGAAUUUUGGUAUUUGAUUUGGACACAGAUAGUAGAUAGCAAUUUACGGUCUAUGGUGAUUUCUAGUGCAAUAUGGGGAAUGACUCCUACAUUCACGAUGGGGAUCUGGUUUGGAUUAUCAAGGUUGACUCAAGGUUCGGAGAGAGAAACGAAAUCUCAAUUAACAGCGGUAUUGAGUAGAUCCCGAUCUGAUCUUGAGUGUAUGGAGUUGAGUUUCGGUAGUUGUAACAAACGGUUUUACUAUGGUUUGAUUUCCGGUUUUUUUAUGGUUGGUUGUGGAUAAUAGAAGGGUUAAAAUAUCUAGAUUUAAUUGUGAUUGGGUUUCUUUAAAGAAGAAUCAAAGGAAUGAAAGCCAUAAAUCGACGCACUAUGGCAUGGCAAAGGACUAUACGGGUGGACGCAACCCACCAAAACACAAGGCUGAUAAAUGAAGGUUUUGAGUUGGAAUUGUCAAGGACUUGAGAAUAAGGCAACUAUCGGUUAUCUUAGGGAUAUAUGGAAACAACACCGGCCAGACUUUUUAUUUCUUUCGGAAACAAAACAACUUUCUUGGUUUAUGGAAAAAUUUAUCGGUCAUUUUGGUUACAAAAAUUUAAAAACGGUUGAUCCUAUCGGUUGUAGUGGCGGUUUAGCCCUUUACUAUAAUAAUGAUUUUAAUGUUUCAAUUA